AUGCAUUUGAUGUACCAUCUCGACGAAGACGGCAAACGGGUUUACACGCUAAAGGCAAGUACCUACACAAAAGUACUCACGGCAUGCUUACCCAUAGCCAAGCUUAAACUUGGCGAAAAUAAGAUCGGCGGGACUUACACGGAAAAACUGAGUCCAAAGCAGACGGCUACCAAGUCAGCACAUCCUGCUCGAUUUUCGCCUGAUGAUAAAUACUCCCGCCAUCGUAUUACUUUGAAGAAACGAUUUGACAAUAUAAUGGACAACAAUAAGAUUCAAGAAGCCAUACGGCUUCUGGCCGAUGGCGAUAAAGCGAUUCAGAAAGGGUUCUUCAAGAAGCCUGAAUGGGAUGUUGCUGGAUCACAUUAUGAAAGGGCUGCUAAUUGUUUCAAGGGAGCUUGUGCUCAUGAACAAGCAAUCCAAGCGUACUUGAAAGCUUCAGAUGCGAUGUUCAAGUCAGACUCAGUAUUCAUGGCUGCCAAAAAUAUGGAAUCAGCAGCAAAUUUAGCCGCAAUACAACUUAAACAACCAGAACGAGCAGCCGACCUAUACCGAAAAGCUAGCGAUCUUUAUCAAGCGCAUAUGACCCCAGAUCGAGCAGCAGAAAUGCUAGAAAAAGGAGGAAGAGUUCUGGAACCAAUUAAUGUUGACGAAGCCAUUAAAAUAUAUUCUGACGCAUGCACUUUGUACGAAACGGAAGAUCGAGGACAAUUUGCAAUCGACACUUUUAAAAAGACAAUAGCCGUUAUGGUCAGGAAUAAGAGAUAUAAUCAAGCCGAUAGUAUGUUGCAGCGACUGAGUACUGUAGCAAUGGGAAUGAAAUAUCCUUCGCAUCUAUUUCGAACGUAUUUGAGUAUUGUUAUCGUCUUGCUGGCAAUGAAUGACGAUGUAGAAGCAAAGAAACGGUUGCAGAGAUUUUCAAACUAUGAUUUUGCUCAAUCCGAAGAAGCAGCUAUUGCGCGAUCGCUCGUUACAGCGUUCGAACAAGGUGAUCAGGAUUUACUAGAAGAGACGGUGAAAAUACGUACCGUAAGCUAUCUAGAUAAUGAAAUUGCAAAACUCGCAAGAAGUUUGGUGGUGCCUGGUGGGGUAAAGAAAUCAAAUCCAUUACCCACAACAAAACCAAUUCAGCCACCAACACCGAAAUAUGAUAAUCCGAGUAAUGGUUAUCCGAAUGAGAAAAGCAAUGAUGGAGAGGAUUAUUUGUCGUCAUAUUAUACCUCUGACAAGGAAGGAUCGCCGUUAUUCAGCUCUGACGAUCGAUCCCCUAACGGGCAGGGUUUCCCCGUUGGAUCAACCGUUGAGAAGGCAGGAGAUGGAAGUAGUUACAUAGAAGACAAUGAUGGAGGGUUGUGCUAA